AUGAAUCCUUUUACUCCAACUGCUGGCUUCAUGGACUUGUUAACAAGUCAGCAAGAAACUCCAAUCCUCCAUCCAACUGGCUUUGAGACAGAUUCACCAACUGGUGAAUCUGAAGUUCCUGUCUUCAGUACUGAAGCUCAAGACAGUCCUGCUACACCCAUACCGAGAAAGAGGAACAAAUGGACCUCUGCAGAAGAUGUGGUACUCAUCUCUGCUUGGUUAAACACAAGUAAAGAUGCAGUGGUGGGUAAUGAGCAAAGAGGAGAAGCUUUCUGGAAGCGCAUAGCAUCCUAUUUUGCAGCUAGUCCCAAUGUUUCUAACCUGAAACUAAGGCUGCCAAGUCAUUUCAAACAGAGGUGGGCAAAGAUUAACGAGAUGGUAUGCAAGUUUGUGGGAUCCUUUGAAGCUGCAACAAGAAAAGCCACAAGUGGUCAGAAUGAUGAUGAUUUGUUGAAGCUAGCUCAUCAGAUUUAUGAGUCUGAUUACAAGAAGAAGUUCAUGCUAGAGCAUGCAUGGAGAGAGUUAAGGCGUGACCAAAAGUGGUGUGCAUUACAGGCUGAUAAAGAUUCUGGCAAGAGUAAAAGAAGAAAGCUUUCUUCUGGUUCUAUACAAUCUUCUGAACAGUCUGAAGCGUGUGAAGAGGCUGAUUCAUCUCAAGUCCGGCCAGUUGGUGUGAAGGCUGCCAAGGCUGCUGCCAAAGGCAAAGGGAAAAUGGCUGCCAAUGUUGUAGAAGAAGGUCAAUCUCUGGGAAGGAUCCACACUAUUUGGGAGAUAAAGCAAAAUGAUUUUACACUGAAGCAAGAAGAGCAUGCAAUGAAAGAGAAGCUAAGCAAUAGGAAAUUGCUGGAUAGUCUUAUAUUAAAAUCUACUCCUCUAACUGAAAUAGAGGAAGAGCUAAAGAUUAAGCUAAUUAGAGAGUGUUUCCCUUGA